AUGAUGAAACCUUCUAUCAUUAUUUAUGCCGUUGUCUUUACAACAGCAUGGAUUAACCUUCACUGCAAUGCCUGCCAGGGAGAUCUUCCCCAGAAAGUGGUGCUGGACUGGUUAAAGAAACGCAUUCUGGAGGGACUACGGCUUGACAAGCCCCCUGUGCCAACUCUACAGAGUCCAGCUGGUCAGAGGGUGCAUGUGGCAGCCCAGCAUGGAGCUUGGCGAGUACGCAGGGAGGCUUGGCUGGAGAGGAAACAACAUCAAGAGAUUUCCCAAGUUAUUCUGUUCCCUAGCUCUGACCGCACCUGCCGGGAUACAGUCUCAGUCUUUAAUGAGGACUCACCCAGCCACUUUACCUAUUACUUCAAACCAUCUCUGGACAGUCAGGGUUCCAUUAUCAUCUCUGUGGACUUCUGGUUCUAUACAGGGAAGGCCAUUGCAGGAAAUACAACCUCUGUGCCACUAUAUAUUCUCACAACUCACCAUGAGCUAAUGCAGUUAGCUCAAAGGCCAUCUAAAUACAGCUCUGAUGGCUGGAGCACAUACAGGCUUGAGCACCACUUCUACAGUGCCAUAGCCAGUGGACCAUUCCUGCUUCAGGUGCGAUGCCUUGUAUGCAGCUGCGACAAUUCAGAUGAGGACAAAACCCCUUUUCUACAUGUCAAUGUCAGGCAACAUGGGUCUGAGCGAACCCGAAGGGCACCCAGCAUUGCCUGGUCACCAACUGUCAUUGGGAAGCUUCAGAGGCCCUCACGUGAAAAAGAUGACAGUUAUUGCAGGAGGGAGCAGAUUGAGAUAUCUUUUGAGGACUUGGGCUGGAGCAACUGGAUCGUCUACCCUAAGAGCUUUAGCUUUUAUUACUGCCAUGGAAACUGCUCAAACCCCAAAUUCACAGCCACACUUUUGGGUAUUCAUCAAUGCUGUGCACCUGUACCUGAGAGCAUGAGAUCAUUACGCUUCACCACCACCUCUGAUGGAGGAUUCUCAUUCAAAUAUGAGACAUUGCCCAAUAUCAUUCCUGAGGAGUGCAACUGUGUUUGAUGACAGGGUCUUUUGUUCAGGAAACCUUUAAAAAGCUUAUAG